AUGGAUAAGUUCCAGGCGUUCGGAAAGAACCUCAGCGCGAGCUUCUCGCCCUUUGCUGCGCGCACUCAGCAGAUGAUCAAGGAGCAGCUUGGUCAGGCCGAUGACCGCACUCAACUCCCCGAUGAAUACAUCGAGCUGGAGAAGCGGGUGGAUGCCCUGAAGAUUGUCCACCAGAAGCUUCUUCAAGUGACUUCCCAGUACUCCAACGAGGCCUAUGACUACCCGCCCAACAUCCGCGAAUCCUUCAACGACAUGGGCCGCACCAUCAGCGAGAAGGUCCAGCUCCUUUCCCAGGCCUCCUCUCCCGCUGAGGCUCAGGCUGCCCUGACUGCGCCUCCCUCGGCCAAGCCGCAGCCCAAGACCUUUAACCACGCUAUUGCCCGCGCCUCUCUGGCAGGUUCCCAGACUCUGGCGCAGAGCUCGCACGGUGAGGACCCUCUGGCUACUGCGCUGGAGAAGUACGCUUUGGCGUCGGAGAAGGUGGGCGAGGCCCGUCUGGCCCAGGACGCUCAGAUCCAGUCCCGCUUCUUGGCUGGCUGGAACACCACUCUUAACACGAACUUGAUGUUCGCCGCGAAGGCACGUAAGAACGUUGAGAACGCUCGUCUUAUGCUCGACUCGAUCAAGGCGAGCAAGAAGGCCGCUGUCAGGGGUGACUGGGACAGCCUGAGCGAGGAGGCUCGUGCGGAGAUUGAGCAGGCGGAGGAUGAGUUCGUUGGACAGACCGAGGAGGCUGUGAGCGUGAUGAAGAAUGUUCUCGAUACCCCCGAACCUCUGCGGAACCUGGCCGACCUGAUCGCGGCACAGCUAGAGUACCACAAGCGGUCUUACGAGAUACUCAGCGAGCUGGCUCCUGUUGUCGAUGGCUUGCAGGUUGAGCAAGAGGCCAGCUACCGUAAGAGCCGUGAGGGCGCGUAA